AUUUAACAGUUGAAUAUGAAAUAUUUCAUAAGUAUUUUGGUGAUUAUACUCGUAGCACUGGCAGACAGUGUGCCGGUGGAAAAGUGGCAUAGAAGUAGUGAUGGCAGCUUGUUUUAUAUUGAAAGGGAGGAAAAGUACAAUUGGCAUGAAGCCUGGAAUGAAUGUGCCCGUAAAAAUAUGUCCUUAAUGGCCAUAGAUACAAUGUACAAACACAGACAAAUUGAUACUUUGAUCAGAAGAUUGUUUACCAUUAGUCCCUCACUUUGGUUGUCUGGUAAUGACAAUGCUGUCGAUAGACGUUAUGAAUGGGCCACUACCGGUAACGUUUUCGGUUUCACCAAUUGGGGUCCGGGCCAACCUGAUCGUUUGAAUAACAAUACCGAACAUUGUAUAUUGAUUUGGAAAAACACUUGGCAGUGGUAUGAUUUACCAUGUUCACAUAAAAUUGGUUUUCUAUGCGAAGAAAAUGUAUUUCUGAAAGAGAAGAAUAGAGAGUUGACAACAUUGAGGAGAUCUUGUCAAAAUUUAAUUUGUUCAUUGCGUUGAA